AUGUCUUUGAAAAAUGAAGAGCAAAAUGACCUUUCACCCAAGGACUCAGUUAAAGGAAAUGACCAGUACAGAGCUCCAUCUGGGAUCCACCUGGAGCAUGAAGAGGAAUCACGUAAUGACUUCCGGCAGUUUGAGUCCAGUGAUCUUUUUAGACACCGUAGGAUCUAUUUAGAGCCUCAAGAGAAAUCAGAUAAUAACUUCAAGAAGUUUGUUAUCAAAAAACUAGAGAAGAGUUGCCAGUGCAAUUCAACCAAAGCCAAAAAUAUCAUUUUUGGUUUCCUUCCUGUUUUGCAGUGGCUCCCAAAAUAUGAUCUGAAGAAAAACAUUUUAGGAGAUGUGAUGUCUGGCUUGAUUGUGGGCAUCUUAUUGGUGCCCCAAUCCAUUGCUUAUUCUCUCUUGGCUGGCCAAGAACCUAUCUUUGGUCUGUACACAUCUUUUUUUGCCAGCCUCAUUUAUUUCAUUUUGGGUACCUCCCGUCACAUCUCUGUAGGCAUUUUUGGAGUACUGUGCCUUAUGAUUGGUGAAGUAGUUGACCGAGAACUAUACAUAGCUGGCUAUGAUACUGUCCAUGCUGCUUCAAAUGAGAGCUCAUUAGUAAACCAGAUGUCAGACAAGACAUGUGACAGAAGUUGCUAUGCAAUUAUAGUUGGCAGCACUGUAACCUUUGUGGCUGGAGUUUAUCAGGUAGCGAUGGGCUUCUUUCAAGUGGGCUUUGUUUCAGUCUACCUCUCUGAUGCCUUGCUGAGUGGAUUUGUCACUGGUGCCUCCUUCACUAUUCUUACAUCUCAAGUCAAGUACCUCCUUGGACUCAGCCUUCCUCGGAGUGGUGGAGUGGGAUCACUCAUCACUACUUGGAUACAUGUAUUCAGAAACAUUCAUAAGACCAAUAUCUGUGAUCUCAUCACCAGCCUUUUGUGCCUUCUGGUUCUUCUGCCAACCAAAGAACUCAAUGAGCGCUUUAAGUCCAAGCUUAAGGCACCGGUUCCUGUUGAACUCUUUGUUGUUGUGGCAGCCACAUUAGCCUCUCAUUUUGGAAAACUGAAUGAGAAAUACGGCACCAGUAUUGCUGGGUAUAUUCCCACUGGGUUUAUGCCACCCAAAGCACCUGACUGGAACUUAAUUCCUAGAGUGGCUAUAGAUGCAAUAGCUAUUGCUAUCAUUGGGUUUGCUAUCACUGUAUCACUUUCUGAGAUGUUUGCCAAGAAACAUGGCUACACAGUCAAAGCUAAUCAGGAAAUGUAUGCUAUCGGCUUUUGCAAUAUCAUCCCUUCCUUCUUCCACUGCUUCACUACUAGUGCAGCUCUUGCAAAGACACUGGUGAAGGAAUCCACAGGCUGUCAAACUCAGGUUUCUGGUGUGGUGACAGCUCUGGUUCUUCUGUUGGUCCUCUUGGUCAUAGCUCCUUUGUUCUUCUCCCUGCAGAAAAGUGUCCUUGGUGUGAUAACUAUUGUAAAUCUCCGGGGAGCCCUACGUAAAUUUAAGGAUCUGCCCCAGAUGUGGAGGAUUAGCAGAAUGGACACAGUUAUCUGGUUUGUUACCAUGCUGUCCUCUGCACUGAUCAGUACUGAAAUAGGCCUGCUUACUGGGGUUUGUUUUUCUAUGUUUUGUGUCAUCCUCCGCACUCAGAAGCCAAGGACUUCAUUGCUUGGCCUGGUGGAAGAUUCUGAAGUCUUUGAAUCCAUGUCUGCCUACAAGAACCUUCAGACCAAGUCAGGCAUCAAGAUUUUCCGCUUUGUGGCCCCACUCUACUAUGUAAACAAAGAAUAUUUUAAAUCUGCUUUAUACAAAAAAACUCUCAACCCAGUCUUAGUAAAAGCAGCUCAGAGGAAGGCAGCAAAGAAAAAGAUCAAAAGGGAAACAGUAACAUUCAGUGGAAUCCAGGAUGAAGUUUCAGUGCAACUUUCCCAUGAUCCCUUAGAGUUCCAUACAAUAGUGAUUGACUGUAGUGCAAUACAGUUUUUAGAUACAGCAGGGAUCCAUACACUGAAAGAAGUUCGCAGAGAUUAUGAAGCUAUUGGCAUCCGGGUUCUGCUGGCUCAAUGCAAUCCCUCUGUGAGGGACUCCCUGGCCCGGGGAGAGUACUGCAAAAAGGAUGAAGAAAACCUUCUUUUUUAUAGUGUAUAUGAAGCAAUGACUUUUGCAGAAGACUCUCAGAAUCAAAAAGAGAGAUAUGUUCCCAAUGGUCCAAGUUUUUCCAGUGACUGA